AACCACGCAAUAUAAAUGGCGAGAAAAUCGUAAAUGCUGAGCAUAAUAUGAACGUAAAUGAACAGAAUGCAAAUGAUGCAAAUAUGUCAAAAAUCAUUUAUUUCGACCGUUUCAGUGAUCCUGAAAAAAUUGCAGAAGGAGGUUUUUCAAUAGUUUAUAUAUAUAAAUAUGAAGAUACAUUACGUGUUCUGAAGCGAAGUAAAGAAUCAAAAAAAUGUGAAGUUUUCGAUAACGAA